UCUCAAAUGUAGGAUGGUGAAGCAGCAGAUGCGGAUAGAAUUCCCUGUGUCUGCACCACAGAGACGCCGUACGGCCCGUUGCUUUCGCUGGUUUUGGCCCUCUGUUUCUUUUCCAUGGAUUAAGCAUCGUCACUUUAGGAUUGGCAUGCACAAACCGAAGCUUUCGCUUGAAGUCUAGCAUGGGUUUUGCAGAGAGGUCAUACUGUCGAUGCAAGGCUGGCAUGUCUCUGAUGUAGCUUGGUCUGCUUGUUGGUGCGGAAGAAACAUUGUCUGCAUUCAGUAAACCUACAUGACAUUCAUCUUACAAGAUGCUCGAGAUACAAGUCAAUGCUUCUCAUGUCUUUCCGCUUUCAUGUUAGGAAACAACGAGAGUGAAGCUUGGAAGACUGGAGGGGAGCAAAAGCAGGAUAUCAUAGGACACGGUUUCGCCAAACAGCAAAGCUUAUGCUCUUCCAUGUAUGUAACCCUUCAAAAAGGUCUGCAGGAGUCGUCAGCUAAUGAGAAAAGAGAGAAUUCAUACUUCCUGGCAUCGGAAACUGAUGCCUGCCUUAUCUGUUCAUCUCGGCUCGAAGAAAGUACACGACCCAACUUGAUCUACACACUAGUAGAAAGAUACUACUGUCCCUUUCGGAUCAUUGCAGUGAGAGCAUGCAUCAUCAAAUAUCUACCGAUCAUGACUAGAAUUGUUCCAAACCGAUCGACUUUUCUUCCUAUAUAAACACCAACGUCAGACAGCACAAGUCAAGUUCAAGUCUUCUGAGGUAAGCCACAAGCAUUACAUCAAAGGAUGGACAAGGUGAUGAAGCUGGCGUCGCAACGGGCGGUGGUGGUCUUCAGCCGGAGCAACUGCUGCUUCUGCUACAGCGUGAAGAGCCUGUUCCAUGAGCUCGGCGUCAGCGCUGCCGUCCACGAGCUCGACGAGGACCCGAGCGGGCCGGAAAUGGAGAAGGCCCUCGCCAGGCUGCUGGGGCGCAAGCCGCCGGUGCCGGCCGUGUUCAUCGGCGGCCAGCUGGUUGGGUCCACGGAGAAGAUCAUGACGCUGCACCUGGGUGGGGAUCUGGUGCCGCUGCUGAGAGAUGCUGGAGCUCUGUGGCUCUGAGGAUGAUUACAUACCGUGUGUUGGUUCUCAUGUCUCCUUCCUUUCCUCCUCCUCCUCCUCCUGUUCUUGCUGUUGCUGCCUGUAAUGUGCGAGUAAUAAUGCAGAGUCGUCUUCUUCAA